AUGCUGCUGGUCUUGCUGCAGGUGUUGGUCGGUGUGUCCGGCGCGUUGCCUCAAUGUGACCCGCGAAUCAGAGGACUGUGCAAGCCAACAGUGCAAGAAAAGCCCAAAUGUGCAGAUUUAGUGCUGUCCUACUGUGAGGACAUGGCCUACCCCCAGACCAUGUUCCCAAACAUCCUCGGCCACAAGACCCGUAAGGAUGCAGAGGCCAGCGUGGAGUACCUCCUCAUCAGCGUGGCUGACUCUCUGCUCGGUGGCCAGUGUAACCCUGAGAUACGCAUGCUGGCCUGCUCGGUGCUGACCCCACGCUGUGAGAGGAACGCAGUGCUGAGACCCUGUCGAAGCGCAUGUGAAACCGCGCACAAAAAGUGCCGAAACGCUUUCGAUGAGAUCGAGAUGGCUUGGCCCUACUUCCUGGAUUGUGACAGAUUCUUUGCCAGCGAUGAAGAGGAAUGUUAUGACCCACUAGAAGGCCUCAAAGAGCGGGAGGCAGAGGAAGAGACAGACAUGGAUGCUCCUCCUUUUGAAGAACCUUCUGCAUCAAUACAGUUUACUUACCACUCCAACGCUCAGAUGUUCAGCGUCUUAAAGAAAACCGAGGAUCGGUGCGCCGACAUCGCCAGAACCUACAGCAUCGGCCGCAGUUUGGAGGGCAGGGAGCUGCUGGUGAUCGAGUUUUCAAACAAUCCUGGGGAACAUGAGCUACUGGAGCCAGAGGUGAAAUACAUUGGAAACAUGCAUGGAAAUGAAGUCGUGGGCCGCCAGCUGCUCAUAUACCUGGCGCAGUACCUUUGCUCCGAGUAUCUGAAGGGAAACGAGCGCAUUCAGACCCUCGUCAACACAACCCGUAUUCACAUCCUGCCCUCCAUGAACCCUGAUGGAUAUGAGGUGGCUGCAUCUGGAGCCAAUGACGACACCUACGGUGAUGAUGAGGGACACAGACAUGGCUCUUGGAACAUCGGCCGAAACAACGCCCAGAACAUUGACUUGAACCGAAACUUCCCCGAUUUGACGUCCAUCGUUUACAGACGACGCAGACAAAGGAGCUUUCGCACCAACCACGUCCCAAUCCCAUACAAUUACUGGUUUGAUAAGGUUGCGCCAGAGACGUAUGCUGUCAUGAAGUGGAUCCGCUCCAUCCCGUUUGUGCUCUCUGCUAACUUCCACAGCGGGGACCUGGUGGUGUCCUACCCCUACGAUCUGUCCAAACAUCCACAUGGACACAGCAUGCUGUCCCCGACACCAGACGAUAAAGUUUUUAAACUUCUCGCAGGCACGUAUGCAAACGCCCACAGAACAAUGUCCAGUAAAGAAGCACAUUGUGGGUCGUCUCGUGCAAACAACCAGAAAGGGAUCAUUAAUGGAGCUCAGUGGUACAGCAUCACAGGGGGUAUGCAAGACUUCAACUAUCUUCACACCAACUGCUUUGAGGUGACGGUGGAACUGGGGUGUGAGAAGUUCCCUCCUGAGGACGAACUCUUUCCGGUGUGGAACGAUAACCAAGAAGCUUUGAUUGCCUUCAUGGAGGCAGCUCAUAGAGGAAUUAAAGGUAUUGUAAAAGACGAGGAGGGAAACGGGAUAAAAGAUGCAUACAUAUCAGUCAGAGGAGUAAGACAUGACAUCAUCUCAGCUGAAAAUGGGGACUACUGGCGCCUCCUCCCCCCUGGCAUCCACAUCGUUACUGCUUCAGCCCUCGGAUACACCAGGGCCACAAAGAAGGUCCACUUGCUUCCUCUUAUGCAGAGAGCAGGCCGGGUGGACUUCACGUUGCAGAAAGUUCCUCUGGAGUCUAACGUGCGUGAAGAUGUAAACAGAUUCCCGUCCAUGGAUGCCUACAAGCAUUUUGACCCGUUAAACCUGUAUGUGCAGUACACCAAGAUAUCUGAGCUGAACCAGAACCGUGAGGAGCGAGCGGAGAAGCCCUGGUGGUGGAACUACUUUGUCUCGGUGGGAGGCCAGGCCCCCAUCUGGCUGCUCAAACACUAUUAG